CUCCGUCCGGCAGCCGCGGCGGACGGAGCGAAAAGCUUGGAGGGGGCCCUCCUGCCAAGAGGCGAGAGAGACGGAGAAGGAAGGCGCUGCGGGACGAGGACGCCUGAGGUGGGGCGGAGGAGAGCGAGAGGGAGAGGGAGAGCGAGAGCCCGCCUUCCCCUGUCAGCCACAGCUCACUAAGAGGGGAAAAUGCCGCAGCCGGGAGAGGCACCCCCUCAGGUCUCCAGAGUCCAGGAUCGAGGAUGGGCAUGGGUGGUCUUAGCAGCUACAGUGCUGGUGCAAGGCCUCACCCUCGGCUUUCCUUCCUGUAUUGGGGUCUUCUUCAAGGACCUGCAAUCUGAUUUCCAAGCUAGCAACAGUGAGACAUCGUGGUUCCCUUCCAUCAUGACAGCAGUGCUCCAUGCAGGUGGACCCCUUUGUAGCAUCUUGGUGGAGCGAUUUGGCUGUAGGCUCACUGUCAUGCUGGGAGGCCUCCUCAGUGGAGUGGGCAUGGUGGCCAGUGUUUUCUCCAAAUCUAUUAGCCAGCUUUAUCUAACGGCUGGAUUCAUCACUGGCUUGGGAUCAUGUUUUAGCUUCCAGGCUGGAAUCACUGUGCUGGGGUACUAUUUUAUACGCCGGCGAGCAUUGGCCAAUGCUGUGGCUUCCACAGGCGUCUCCAUUGGCCUGACACUGUGGCCCCUGAUCUCUCAAUACUUACUUGAUGAGAUGGGUUGGAGAAACACUUUCCUCAUCUUUGGGGGACUGCUAUUGAACUGCUGCGUCUGUGGGGCUGUGAUGAGGCCAAUCCCACUCCCACCGCCUGCUUCAUCCUCACCGUCCUCCUCUAGCCCAUCAGCUGAAGGGGCACCUCUGUCCAAUGGCAACCCCUUGCAACAUAAGGAGCAACCACAUCUGUCCAGGUCGGCGGCUUGCUUCCAAACCCUGCAGAAAUAUCUGGCAUUUGACAUCUUCUGCAAGAACAAAGGCUACCAAAUCUACACCAUUGGAGUGUCCUGGAUGGUGAUGGGCUUUGUGCUACCCCUCAUCUACCUGGUGCCCUAUGCUAUCUUGAAUGGAGUGGAGGAACGGAAGGCAGCACUCCUCAUCUCUAUCAUUGGGUUCAUCAACAUAUUUAUGCGGCCCAUGGCGGGCCUCCUCUCAGGCCUCAAUGUCUUCACUGGCCGGCGGAUCUACCUCUUUAGUGCGGCUGUCAUGCUCAAUGGCUUGAGCAACCUCAUCUGUGCCGCCUCUGCUGAGUACAGUAUUCUUGUCCUCUACUGCCUAAUCUACAGUGUCUCCAUGAGCGUUGUUGGGGCACUGAUCUUCCAGGUAUUAAUGGAUGUGGUAGAAAUGAACAGGUUCUCCAGUGCCUUGGGUCUCUUCACCAUCCUGGAAAGCAUCACCAUUCUCAUUGGACCCCCUCUUGCAGGUCUUCUGGUGGACUUGACAGGCCACUUUAGUUACGUCUUCUAUGCUUCCAGCUUCUUCAUGGUAUCAGCUGCUCUCUUCAUGGGGGUUAGCUUCUGCACCAUGGAGGCAAAGAACAAACUGAAAGGAACUCACAAGCCCGUCCCUGAGAACCCAGCCAGAGAUAAAUACGCAGAAGUGCCAACUGAGCCGGAAUCUGACAAAAAUGGCUCUCCUGCAGCCGUCUAUGUAACAAGCAUCUGACUCUCAAGGACCUGCAGGAACACUGUAUUCCUAGCAAAUGCAAAGCCAAAGAGAAACGCAAGUGCCUCCUUUCCCUGGUGUGCAUCACCUCACCAUGGCAACCGUGGGCACCAGUUUCUAGAGGAAGGAUCUCAAUCCGAAGACAUGAUCAUUCCAGAAACCCAAAGAGCACUUUAAACAAAAUAGAUGUGAAGUAAGCCACAGGGGGGAAGAGGAAUACUGGCCUGUGACUGUAUCUGCAUUACUUGAAGUUAAGCCAUUUUAAUGACUAUCAGGUUAUCCAUGCAUAUUCCAUUAUAUAAAAAUCGAAGGACAUAUUCACCUGUGGGGUUGUGAAUUACAGCAGUCUUCUGAUAAGGAGCCGAGUGGAGCAAGCAAGGGACAGCUCUUCAGGAUAUUGCAAUGUUUCUGGCCAAACCAUUUUGCUGUGGCUCAACUCACAGUGAAGUCAACUGGCUGACUUCUCAAGCACAAAGGGGGGGGGUGUUUCUUCUUUAGGGAGUGUUAUUGCCAGGCUCCUUGAAUGUUACACAGACAUUUUUGCUGUAUCAUAAAAGGCCAGUUAAUAUAUGCUGAUAUCACUUGUUCUUUGCAGCCACAUCAGUGAUGGGUGAGGUUGUAUGCAUUACUAAACAAAGCAAGUCAUUUCUACAUUUCAAGAGAGCCAAGUCUAGUUUUUUGGGACUCUUGUGAGGAGCAACCCAAAUAACAGAAAGUACUCAAAUCCAAAGCAAACUGUUGAUGGUAAAAUGCUGUUAGCUCCAAAGGACCGGCCCAUUUGUCUAGCCAAUAGUGUCUUAAACUCCUGUUCCCAUUUGAAAUGGGUGCUGCAGUAAAGGGUCAAAAAGACAGCAAUAGACCAUAGCAACUGUGCAAACGUGUGCAUAGAAGGAUGUUUGAUUAACAUUGUAAGCAUCUGGACAAAGCCUAUGUAGGAUAAAUGUGUAUGCUAAGUAAGUGUAACAGAUUACAUGUUGGUAAAGGGACAUCUAUAUGUAUAUAUAAUUAGGUGAAGCAGAAAUAAGAAACAUUCAGCCCUUCAGAGGUUGAAGCAACACAUCAAAAUCAGAAUUAUCUCUGUUCCGGAUGGGAGGUCUCAUUUUUAAAUGGCAUACAGAAAUGCACAUUUAGCAAAAAGGUACUGUUCUAAAUGGGUUGUUUUGUGGCAAUACUAGCCCUGGAAAUUAACCAGGAUGCCUACUGAGUUUUCUGAGAAAUUGCAGCUACCAUUGCCAAAUCCUCUGAAUUUGAUCCACUGGGCCUGGGUUUGUCAACACAACAAUGUCUGAACUGGAACGUACUUGUGCUUUAAUUGAGACUGACUUGCUUUUU